GAAGCAAGCAGGCUCUCGGACUCCGUCUACUCGGAAGCAGAGUCCACUACACCUGCUUAUACGUUCUUCGACAACUGAUCGUCAAUGCCUUCACCACAUCCAUGGCCCGACCAUAAUCGACCUCGACUGUCUGCUCACCAAGAUGCUCCAAUAGUGGUUUAUGGCUAGAACUGCCUGAUGAUUUCUUGAUGUUGUCGAACCAGCUAGGCUACUCAACGUACGACUUGUCGCAGCUCAAGCCCUCGUACGAGCUGUGUUUGCGGAUAGAAGCGUAUCCAGCACCGGCAUGCGAACGGGGCGAAUAGGUGUCGUCAAUCCAUCCUGGGCGAGAGCUUGCCAAGCCUGAUGACACAUCCACAAACAAAGAUUACUGAACCAAACUCUUGACUUUCCGAUUACUGAACGAUACGGCCGGUACUCGUGUCUCGCCAAAGCAUCCCUCGCAAAUGAAGUUUCGGGCUCACAGCCUUCGGCAGCCACCACUCACGGAUGAGGAUGGGUGAGAGAUUGCGGGAAGUAGUGCGAACUCGUGGACGUCACCCAGUCUGGGCCAUCGCAAAGUUCUCCCGUGUCGACUUGUCCGUGCGUUGAUCACACUAACACUGCAACAACAGUCUGGCACCAGGGCUGAAAGUCUGGCAAGCCCUAUUAUUUGUCGAAUUCUUCGAGACUCGGAGGGUUGAUCUGUCCGCAUGAACUUUGUGUCGUUCUCGUAAGGCACGAAAGGCCCCGGAGAAGAAGCCCUUGAGGCCGUGUUCUUCCUCCAUCCAUGUACGGGCGUUGACAAAGCAGGUGUCCAAUGCUGUUGGGACAGGCCACGCUGUCGUCAUGUCUUGAUUUUAUAAGAUAGACUCUGCCACCGCAGCCACGUUCCUCAAGCACUUAUCAAACGUGACGUGAGCUGUUGACGCUGCUUGUUUUGCAGACCUCAAAGCGUCCAGCAUCAUGGCGGACAACAAAGAAAACAUCGAAAUGGAUCCUUCAGAUAUGCGCCUCACGCAGACAAGAUCGGGGCGGACAGGCAGCACGCAUACUGGAGCUGCUCAGGAGAUUGGUCGAGAUGAUCUGAACUGGAACGAGAUGCCCGAGGCCAGCACAGUAUACGACGGCGAUAGCAGCGCUCUCGGUACAAGAAGUAUAGGACUCACAUGGCAAAACCUCACGAUCAAAGGUGUCAGCGCCGAAGCGUCGUUCAACGAAAACAUUCUGUCACAAUACAUCCCUCCAUUCCUCCAGCGAGGGAAUGUGAAAGCUUCCACACGAACUAUCAUCCAAGACAGCUAUGGAUGCGUCAAGCCGGGCGAGAUGCUACUGGUGCUCGGUCGUCCUGGUGCUGGGUGUACGAGUCUUCUCAAAGUACUGUCUAACCGCCGUCAGGAGUUCUCUUCUGUGGAAGGAGAAGUCAAGUACGGCACGAUGGACCACACAGCUGCUUCAAAAUACCAAGGGCAGAUUGUAAUGAAUACUGAAGAGGAGAUUUUCUUUCCCACCAUGACGGUGGGACAGACUGUCGAUUUUGCAACGCGACUAAAGGUUCCGUACAAGACACCAGCAAAGUACGCCACGGCAGAAGAAGCCCGAAGAGCCUCACGAGACUUUCUGCUCAACGCUCUCGGCAUCUCUCAUACUUUCGACACAAAGGUCGGAGACCCAUACAUUCGAGGUGUGUCAGGCGGUGAACGGAAACGCGUCAGUCUCAUUGAGGCGAUGGCAACACGCGGUAGUGUGUAUUGCUGGGACAACUCAACGAGAGGUCUCGACGCGAGCACCGCUUUACAAUACGUCAAGACCAUCAGGACGAUGACGGACACUUUCGGGCUUGCGACCGUGGUUACGCUAUAUCAAGCGGGUAAUGCCAUCUUCGACCAGUUCGACAAGGUGUUGGUAUUGGACAAGGGCCAACAACUGUACUAUGGCCCGGCAUCACAGGCCAGAACGUUCAUGGAAGAACAAGGCUUUCAGUGUCCCGAUGGCGCCAAUGUUGCUGAUUUCUUGACCGGCGUUACCGUACCAACAGAGCGGAGGAUUCGCCCCGGGUAUGAACACACUUUCCCAAGGACUGCUGAAGCUAUCGCUGCAGCGUACCAGUCAUCUCAGAUCAGACAACUCAUGGAAACUGAACUCGACUAUCCCACGACCACUGCAGCAGAAAACCAUACCAAAGAUUUUCAGAAAGCGAUAUCAGUCGAAAAGCAUCCCGGAUUUCUGACAGCCAAAUCUCCUGUCACCGUCGGCUUCUGGUCGCAAAUGGUCGCUACCGUCAAACGCCAAGUCGCUAUCAUUUCUGGAGACAGGACAAACUUGUUCAUCAAGCAGGGAACCAACUUUGUGAAUGCAUGGACUACAGGAUCUCUGUUUUACAACAUGCCGAACACUUCCGCUGGACUCUUUGGUAAAUCAGGAGUGAUAUUCGUGACAUUGUUUUUCAACGCAAUGCUUGCACAAACCGAGGUCACAGAUUCCUUCACCGGCCGAUUCGUUAUGGAGAAGCACAGAGGCUUUGGCUUCUUUCACCCAGCGGCCUGGGUCCUCGCCCAAAUUAUUGUCGACAUUCCAAUCCUACUGGUCCAGGUAUCCUCGUUCUCGCUGAUCACCUACUUCCUCUCUAAUCUCGAAAGAGAUGCUGGUACCUUCUUCGUAUUCUGGUUCGUUAUCCUGUCGUCGACAUUCGCAUCUAUGGCUCUCUUCAGAGCGCUCGGAUCGGCAUUCAAGAACUUCGACGAUGCAAGCAAGUUCUCGGGCGUCGCUGUCCUGGCUCUUCUUGGGUACACAGGGUACAUGAUUCCUAAGUCGGAAAUGGUUGAUUGGUUUGUUUGGCUGUACUGGAUCAAUCCCUUCUCAUAUGCCUACAACGCUAUGCUUUCGAACGAGUUCCAUAACAAGUUCAUAGCGUGUGUGGGUCCUAAUCUCGUGCCAAGUGGCCCUGGGUAUGAUUCGACCGAGAAUCAAGCUUGUACCGGCAUUCGUGGCGCAGAACCAGGCGCUGCUUUUGUGCUGGGCGACCAAUACCUUGACAGCCUCAAGUACAGCCACUCUGAAAUGUGGAGGAACAUUGGCAUCGUGUGGGUCUGGUGGGCGUUCUAUGUCAUCCUCACCAUCAUUUUCACCACCAUGCAGAAAGGAAGCUUCGCGCAAGCUGGCGUACCUUUGAUCCCGAGAGAGAAAGCCCACCACGCCACACCCGCACUUGUCGCUGACGAGGAAUCGCAAAUUCAAGAGAAGGUCGCACCCGAAUCGGACAGCACAGAUGGCUCGUCAGACCAAGGAGCUGUCGCCAGGAACGAGGCAGUCUUCACCUGGAAGAAUGUCAAAUAUACUGUGUCCACGCCGCAAGGACCUCGUGUCUUGCUCAAUGAUGUCCAUGGUUGGGUAAAGCCUGGCAAACUCGGAGCUUUGAUGGGAUCUUCUGGAGCUGGUAAAACGACUCUAUUGGAUGUCCUCGCCCAGCGGAAGACAGACGGAGUGCUCAGCGGCUCUGUGCUCGUCGAUGGUCGACCUCUUUCUGUCAGCUUCCAACGUUCCACAGGCUACGUUGAGCAGUUGGAUGUACACGAAGCCCUUACCACUGUGAGAGAAGCCCUGGAAUUCUCUGCCCUCCUACGUCAACCGUAUAGCACACCACGUGCAGAGAAGCUGAAAUAUGUCGAUGUGAUUUUGGAUCUCCUGGAAAUGCGUGACAUCGAAGAUUGUCUCGUGGGAUCGCCCGGAAACCCAGGCUUGACGAUCGAGCAGAGAAAGCGACUGACGAUCGGAGUCGAGCUCGUUGCUAAGCCCAGUGUUCUGAUCUUCCUCGAUGAACCUGUAAGCAAUAUCUCUUACACUCUUCUAGAUCCAUUGCUAACUCGAAACUACAGACUUCCGGUCUUGAUGGUCAAGCGGCAUUCAAUACCGUUCGGUUCUUGA